AUCCACAGCCGAGUGAUUAAUCGAGGUGCUGCAUGGGAUGUAGGGGAGGAAAUCUGCGACGAGUUCUGUUUUCACACUGCCAAGAAACUUCACUUACCAAGGUGAAGACUCCUGCAACAUGGAGGCCUUUUAUGAUCAGCAGGUUCCCUUUGUGGUCCCUGAGAGUAAAUGUCACACACAGGAAGCAGCGAAGUGUCUCAGCGAUAGGAAGAGGAAGUUCAUGGACACCGAGCUGGCUCAGGACACAGAAGAGCUAUUCCAAGACCUGAUUCAGCUCCAAGAAAUAUGGAUCGCUGAAGCUCAAGCUACCGAUGACGAGCAGUUUGUCCCGGAUUUCCAGUCCAAUAACUUGAUGCUUCAUGGACUGGCCGCCAGCAAAGUGAAGCGUGAACCCAGUUCGUCCAAAGACUUCUCUCCCUGCAGAACGCCUCAGGCUGACAUGUGCCUUUACAGCUACAGUGCCUGUGAGCCCGCUCCGACUCCAUCCUCCACACCUGCAGUACAACAACGUGGCUCCAUCCACCCUACUGGACCUCCACCUUUACAGAGGCAGUUACAGCCAUCUACCCCUCAGCUGACCAACAACUGCUCCCCAAACCACACUCCUGCCCUCAGCCCCUCCCACCUCCGCAACCUUCCACAGGCCAAUCAAAGCCAGCAGUUUGCUAUGCCACAUCCUCCCAUCGGCUCUUCCAGUGUGUCGUUCAACGCAGAACAAAGGUUCCAGCGGCAGUUGUCGGAUCCCUGCCUGUCUUUCCUUCCUCCAAAGAAGACCGCAAACACGCCGUACCACCCCGCCAUCCGUGACGGGAGGCCAAUGUAUCAGCGCCACCUUUCAGAGCCUCUAGUUCCCCACGCUCCCCGGGGUUUUAAACAAGAACUGGUGGACCCGAGAUAUCCAGAGCCAGGGCCUCCUACGUCAGGUCUGGCACGUCCUCAGACUGCCUUCAACCAUGUCACAAUUAAACAAGAGCCAAGGGACUUUGGCUAUGACUCAGAGGUUCAAACAUGCCAGUCAUCAUCCUUUGAGAAGUCUGCUUUGUACCAAAAUAACAGUGCAGGAUUUGGUCCAGACAGAGAGCAGUGUCUGUACUAUGAUGACACCUGUGUUGUGCCAGAAAGGCUGGAAGGUAAGACACGGACUUCCAAAACAUCCCUAUUAACACUUAGUGUGGCCGGUGAGCGGUACGUCUACAAGUUCGUGUGCAACCCCGAGGCACUUUUCUCCAUGGCUUUCCCAGACAAUCAGAGGCCAAGUCUCAAGCCUGACCCGGAUGCUGUCCUACCUCCCAGCGAGGACGAAGGCUCCCACCUCCCCAGCUAUGAAGAUGACGGGCCUUAUCUGGCUGAAGGAGUGGAGCAGUGCAUCCAAAGACUGGGCCUCCCUGACGGCUACCCGUACUAGACUCCACAGCCUGGCAGCUGAAGUUAUUUUUAACACGAUGUAACCUAUAUUUACGGAGCAGUGUUUGAGAAUUUUUAGUAUGUACCUACGUUAUGUCACAAAGACGCAGCAUUUGAAGAAGUUAAUUUUUAUUUAGCCAGAAAGCUAACAAAAAAUAACUGAGAUGUUUAAACUCAGAAAAUGAAAAAAAAAAAACUCAUCGUAGUUCUGAUUUGGUUUCACGGAUUAUAAUAUUCUAAAAAUACCUGGAAUUUUAAGAUUAGUUUACAUUUGAGCAGUCAAUAAGAUUACAACAUGUAUCUAGAAGGAGGCUUUACCUUACGUGGGAGACUUGUGAUGGGUAAACUGGUAUUGAGUCAGGUUUGUUGGGUGGGAUAGGCAGUUGUAGCAAAAUGAGGCUGGUUAAAUUACAAUGACAGUUUUUUAUUUUUUAUUUUUUGUAAAAACUGCAUCGUUCCUGAAAUAUUCCAGCUUUUUCUUGUAAAAUUGUGAUGCUCAAUAUUUUUUUCCAAAUUUUUUUUCUUUUUUUUCCUUCAAAAUGCUCCAUUUUUAUCUUUAAAAUUUAUUUUUGUUAGUGACAGUGGUCUUGAUGCCAGUUGUAUUUUUUUUGUAGCAUGGCCAUCUCUGUAGUCCUCUUGCUUGUGAACUCUGGGAUUUGUAUUACAACCAAAGUAUCUCAAAGCCAUGGCAUUCCUUUACUGUUUCUGUUUUAAACUGCUUGAAAGGGACUGACUUGUAUUUUCAGACCUAUAAAUUCUCCUAUAAACAUCAGUUUGAAAUGUUUUGUGUACCUCUUCUUGUUUUCAAAGCUGAUAUUUUUUGGCUUUCUAUGGACUCGUAAGUUUUUCCUAUUGCUGUUUUUGACAAAGGUACUGCUUCUAUUUUUGAUUCAGUGAUACUCUGAUACGAAUAAUAAGCAUGGACUUUCUUAUGAAUGCGCCAGCAGUUCAUGUCCUCGGAUAGUUUUCUGCAUUUUGUAGAGUUUAUUUGCUUCGACAUGUAGAAAAAGUGUAUAAUUAUAUAUGGAUAUAUUUUUGCAAAAGGCUGCGAUUUUUCCUGCUGAAGUAUUUCUUCGGCCUUCCAAGGAUUUACCCAUGAACUCCUGCAGCUAGAUGGUGGAUGUAAAGGUAUAUUUUGCUAUCUGAUCACAUGGUUGUAUAACAUACCGACACUGGUCUCUCUUCUGCCCUUGGAUUCUGUUAUUCGUGCCUUCUGUUGAUCUUUACUGAUAAAAUAAACUAUUUUACUCUUUU